GGUAUGGAUACACAACAGGAGCUCCUCAUGGGCUUGUGUCUUGACCAAUGCCCUGUCUUCCUGUCUGACUGUCUCUCUCCCUGCAGGGUGGACCAUGGUGGACAGCAGAGGCUCAAACCUGGUCUGAGGAAGUAUUUCUCUCAACUUCAACUGGAUGAAAACUCAAUGAACAGAGAGCUCAAACUGUCCAACAACAACAGGAAGGUGACACUAUUGGAGGAAGAACAGCCGUAUUCUGAUCAUCCACUCAGAUUUGAUCACUGUAAACAGCUGCUGUGUAGAAAUGAUCUGAGUGGUCGAUGUUACUGGGAGGUCGAGUGGAGUGGAGCUGUUUCUAUAUCAGUGAGUUACAGAGGAAUCAGAAGGAAAGGACGCAGUGGGGAAUGUAGGUUUGGAGGGAAUCAGUCCUGGAGUCUGAGGUGCGAUGAUGGACGUUACUCUGUCUGGCACAAUGACAGAUACACAUUCCUGUCCUCCUCCUCCUCCUCCUCCUCCUCCUCCUCCUGGUCUGGUAGAGUAGGAGUGUAUGUGGACUGUCCCGCUGGCUCUCUGUCCUUCUUCAGAGUCUCCUCUGACUCUCUGAUCCACCUCUACACCUUCAACACCACAUUCACUCAACCUCUGACUGCUGGAUUUGGAUUUGACCUCUUUUGGUCUGGUUCUUCAGUGAGUCUGUGUCCUCUGUAGGAAGGACAGUCUCGGUCUCCGACAGCAGGGAGGAGGAGGAGCCCAUCCGAAGGUGGGAGGGGCCUAUCAGAACAUGAUCUCACAAUGUUAGCAUGAUGCUAGCAAUCCACUUAAGUUAUGAUUUUUCUUAUUUCCAUCUUUUGUUUGAUUCUGUUGGACAUGUUGUUUGAACCAUUGGUAUGAUUUUGGUUUGUUGGAUUUUUGACCCUGCUAAAUUCAUUAAGAAAUAAAUAAUUGUUGCUCUAUUUCAA